UGACAGCUGUCGAAUCGACUUGAAAAGUUGACAUUUUGUUUCUGUGAUUGAAAUUUAGGUUAUAUCUUAUUUUUAUUCUCAUAUUUUUAAUUUUAAUUAAACUAAAAUAUAAAUUAAAAUGCCACUACCGCCAGCUAGUGGUACUGGUCUAUAUUACGCGAAAGCAGCUAAAUCUAUUCGCCUAAUUCGCCAGGGUUGUACAAAUAGACCCUUUUUUCAUAUAGCUGUAACCCAUCGUCGACGUCUCAACAGCCAACCUGUUAUAGAGCAGCUAGGAUCUUAUGAUCCUGUACCAAAUAUUUACAAUGAGAAGUUGGUAGCAUUGAAUUUGGAAAGAAUAAAAUAUUGGCUUGGCAAGGGUGCUCAUGUUACAACCCCAGUAGCUGAGAUUCUUGGCCUGGCUGGUUUCUUCCCCAUCCACCCUAGGACAUAUAUGACGGCUUGGAGAAACAGACAAGCAGAAUUUGAGAGAUUAGCAAAAGAAGCAGAAGCUUCUGAAAAUGCUCAGACUAGUUCAUAAUAUCUGUCAAUAGUUAUGUUAAUUAGUAGUAGUUAUGUUAUACAGUUGGUAAGUAUGUUUUAUAAAAUUAAAAAAUAUAUUUAAACUGA